AUGUUAGUCUGGAAUCUAUUUCUUUAUCUGCUAUUACCCAGUUGCCUUGUGGCAGAAUUGUGUCCAAGGAUUCAAUAUAAUAGGAAGGGCCAAAAAACUAAAAUCUAUGAUUGCUGCACUGGCUACAAACCUAUUUCCAACAACGGCACAACUUUGGAGUGUGAGCCGAUUUGCAUCAAUUUACAUUAUUCUUGUAUCGUCGCUUCCUAUACCAGUUGCGUGCCUGUAUGUAAGGAUGCUUGCGUAAACGGCAGAUGUGCGGCCCCGAAUGAGUGUAAAUGUCUACCAGGAUAUAGCAAAACAAGUCAAUCUAUAUGUGAGCCAGAAUGUCCGAGCGGUUGCGAAAACGGCAUGUGUAUCGGACCAGGAAGGUGCUUAUGUAAUGAAGGAUAUUCUCUAGUAAAUGAGGCCAUUUGUGCUCCAAUCUGCAAUGAAGACUGUGAGAACGGCUACUGUAGUGCUCCAGGGAAAUGCUCCUGUAACGAAGGAUAUUCUCCUAUAAAUGAGAACAGUUGUGCUCCAGUGUGUCAAGGAGGCUGUGAGAAUGGCUACUGUAGUGGUCCAGGGAAAUGCUCCUGUAACGAGGGAUAUUUUCUGGAAACUGAGAAUAGUUGUGCUUCAGUCUGUAGUGAAGGUUGUGAGAACAGUUUCUGCAGUGCUCCAGGAAAAUGUUCCUGUAAUGAGGGAUAUUAUCCAAUUAAUGACAACAGUUGUGCUCCAGUAUGUAAAGGUGGCUGUGAGAAUGGCUACUGUAGUGCUCCAGGAAAGUGCACAUGCAAUCAAGGAUAUUCUCGAGCAACUGAGAACAGUUGUACUCCAGUUUGCGAAGACGAAUGUCGCAAUGGCUUCUGCGCAUCCCCUAAUCAGUGUAGUUGCAAUGAGGGCUACGUUUUCAAAAAUAAUGUUUGUGUGAAAAAAACGAAAGACAAGAAAAAUUCGGGGCAAUCUAGAAAAUUGUCAUAUUUUCAGUGGCUCAUUCUAUUUGUUGCAAACUCGUUUUUGUGGACGUUCAUAAAUUAAG